CAUUUACAUCACUUCAUCAGUUCCAAAGUAGUUCUCGUAAAUUUCAAACACUACUUUAGUCUGACUCCCUAAAAAUUUAUACCAUUAGAAAUUUUAAAACAAAAGCAGAAAGCUACAGAUAUGGACUUUGGCGAUAGAGUGGUUGACCGUUUGGAUGAGUGGGCCAAGGCAACUCAGGCCAAGCCCGGCGAAAUGGGACGCAUCUUGGCCAUUGCUCUGACCAUGAUAAUAAUCUGCUAUGUGAUUGUCGUGGUGUCUCGCAUUGUGGUGUCCCUGGCCGUGCCAACCCUGGUUAUUGUGGGCCUUCUGCUGGCCUAUCGCUUCGUCAGCCCCUCGGAAAUGGAAGAUGGUCUCAAGGAGGUUCCCGGUAUGCUAACAUCCUUUACGAACUUUAUGACUGGCAUUUUUCAUAAGGCGACUACAAACUAGAAGGCCUUGGAUCAUGUAAUAUAUGUAAAUUGUUAACAUAAAUAUUGAAUCAUAUUCGGAAGAAAACCAGGAACAUUUUUUAUUUUGUUAUUUUUAAAAAAUUACAAUAAAAUUUUUGAUUGUAUAAAAAUGUA